AUGGACACGGUCUGGCUGCCGACGGUGGGGCAGAAGAAGAAGAAGGUCGCACUCAACAUCAUCGACUAUGCCAGCCACUUCCAGAUGAUGAUCCCUCUCCGAGGACGCAGCCCCGAAGCAGCAUGGUCGGCCUACCGACAAUGGGUCAAGUUCUUUGGCCCGGCUAAACAAAUUUGGGCAGACCAGGGAAGCGAGUUCAAGGGUUCCUUUAGGGUCCGUACGGCGCAGGAAGGCACCCGGAUGGAUCCGAGUAGUUUGGAAGCUCCGACGCGGGGGCUUGCCGAACGUCAUGGCAAGACCUACAAGAUCAUGCUCGAGAAGACCAUGGCGGACUACAACUGCGGGACCUACUCCGAAUGGGCUGAACUCGUGGACACGACCAUGAUGAUGAAGAACAGGCUCGCCUCCCGGGGAGGCGUCUCUCCAGUUCAGCGAGUCUUGGGUUUUCUACCAAGGCUUCCGGGAGGACUUCAUUCCGGAGGACAAGAUGAUGCCGAGGCGGGAGCACAACCCCGGCUAGGAGACGCCGGGAUCCAGCGAUCUAUGGACAUGAGAAAGGCCGCGGCGAAGGCCUUCUUUGAGAUUGAUUGUGACCAGGCCCUCAAGAAUGUUCUGGCUGGAGGACCCAGACCACAUUACGAUUACCAGGUCGGCCAGAUGGUCUACUUCUAUCGCCUGGGUCAUUCCAAGAAAGGGGACCGGCCACACCAACGGUGGCAUGGACCGGCAAGGGUGGUCAUGACGGACUACCCGUCGACGAUCUGGUUGAGCUACCAGGGCAACCUUGUGAAGGCCGCACCAGAACGGAUACCGAAGAAGAGUCCCUCACCAUCUCCGGAUGGCUGGAUGGGCUCACCAGUGUCAAGGAGGAGUUCGAGAAGCAGCCGAGGCGAAGCUACAUCGACCUCAGCGACGAGCCCCUUCCCGUCGCCGAGGAGGACCAGGAGGACUAUAUCCCCGACGAGCCCGACAACGAGGACCCCGGACCAGGAGGACAACGAGCCCGUGCGAAGACGAAUGCGCGGCAAGACGGACCCUCACCGGCUCCUACAAGGCGAGGAGGAUCAGGUACCGACUGUUUUCCCGGCACCGAGGAACGCAGCGGACGAGGACGUGAACCUGGAACCCAUGGACUUGGACGAGAGACAACUGUCGGCUGAUCACCUGCCGGCCCCUAUUGCGGAAGAUGACGAGGACGAGGCCGUGGAACCACCGACGAAGCGUACCAGGGUACACCUCCUCGAGACCUACUACGCGAAGCUGGAGACGCUCUUCAAGACACGGCAAAGGAAGGAGGUCAAGUUGAAGGACCUCAAUGCCCGGGACCUACAGAGCUUCCUGCUGGCGGCCGAAAAGGAGGUGAACAACAACCUGGAGACGCAGGCCUACGAGAAGCUUGACGCCGAGACCAGUGCGUACAUCCGGCGGACCAAGCCGGAUCGAAUCAUGGAGUCGCGGUUCGUACGGACGGCGAAACCACUGGAGCCAAGCGACAUCGACAAGGCGACCAUGGACGGCACCAUCCUCUCCGAGGCACAUGGAGGACCAUGCAAGGCGAAAGUAAGACAUGUCAUGAAAGGUUUUUCUGAAGACGGGGCUGAGGAACUAGACUCGGCCACACCACAGGUGACCCGUGAAGGAGUCAUGUUCGUGACGCAGCUGAUUGCGAGCAAAAGGUGGAAACUCGGGUUUCUUGAUUUUAUUCAAGCCUUUCAUUCUGGAGAUCCUAUCGAUCGAGAACUGUAUGCUGAGCAGCCUCCCGAGGGCAUUCCAGGAAUGGGGAAAGGUGAGUUGUUAAAGCUGAUCAAGACUUGUUAUGGUCUUCUGGACGGUCCCAUGGCGUGGUUCAGGCACCUUCGUAGGGCUCUCUUAGAGGAGUUAGGCUACACCCAAAGCCUGGCUGACCCCUGCAUUUAUUUUCUUCAUGACUUCAAGAAGAAGGGUUGGGACAAGUUGAUUGGUGUCGUGUCUGUUGCUACUGAUGAUUUGCUGCAUGGCGGUGAUGAUGAACACCAGCGACGCAUGGAAGUGUUGAAUCGUAAGUACAAGUUGGGUAAGUUUCAGUACGGAUCAGGGCGAUUUACCGGCAAGCAGUUCACACCGCAACCGGACGGCAGCAUAGUGACUGAGCACUACGUCACUGAGAAGGUCCAGCGGAUUACUCUUACAAAGGCUCGAAAGGCCCAGCGGUACUCUCAUUGCACAGAAGAUGAGAUAAGUCAGAUGAGGUCUCUCAUCGGGGCCCUCUCCUGGCUCGCCAAGGAAACCAGGCCCGACCUUAGUGGCCGGGUAUCACUUCUCCAACAACAGUUCCCGAGGCCCCGGGUUAAAGACAUUAUCAGUGCAAAUCAACUGGCGUCUGAAGCCGAGAAACAUGAUGUUGGCAUCAAGAUUAGCCCUAUCCCCAUAGAACGGUUGAGGGUAAGCGCUGUUACCGAUGCAUCAUGGGGCAAUGCGGCCGAUGGAGAGAUACAUGAGAGUAGCAAGGACUUCUGGACGAAGACCCCGGAUCAUUGGGUUCGUCACCACGUCUGCCCCAGGAAGACCCUGUUUCAUCCUGGCAUGACUGAUUCAGGACCUGAUCUGCAUGCGAUCAAGCCCAACCGGCGGACAUUGAUUCGUCAGGACGGACAGGAGCGUGAACAAGACGAUCCCUGGAACACACCCAAGCUGGGUAUGGUUCCCGGGGAAGCCUGGGUUGGACAGAGCAUCUUUACAAAGUAUCAAACUGGGUUGCGACAUCAAGAGAUUUCAGAGGGUUUUCUUCAGAACAAGCGGACUCAGAGUCAGGGCGGGCACCUGAUUAUAUUUCAUGAUCAGGAUCUUCAGUUCGAGCCCUCUGCAAGGAUUUCCAUCACCAGCUGGAAGAGCUACCGUCUGAAGAGAAAAGUUGUGAACACACUUUCCGCUGAAUGUCAGGCCCUGGUGAAUGGCAUUGGCAAUGUUCAUUGGCACAGGUUUCUGUUGAUGGAGGCUAGCGGGGAAAGCUGCGAGAAUUCGGACUGGGAAGGCGCUCUUACCAAGGUGCCGUACCUCGCGGUGACAGACUCCAAAUCCCUCUUCGAUGCCCUUUCAAAACAAACCUGCCCCUACAGCCAGAUUGACGACAAGCGAACUGCUAUUGACAUUUCUAUCGUGAAACACGAGUUGUCAAAGGGCGGAACCGUUAGGUGGAUUGACGGAAGGAAUAUGAUUUCCGAUUCGCUGACCAAAAGCACCGGUGGCAACUAUCUGCGGCAUGUGAUGAUGAAUGGCCGGUGGACGUUAAACGAGCUCGGAUUUGACAAGCUCUCACGGGAGGCAGAGACCUCUCAAGAGCCUGAGCGAAAGCCGGAGGAGUCGGUGGAGUCCGUCGACUUCAUCGAAGCAUCCAGCGAGCCUUUCUCCCUGCCGGAGCCCCUGCGGGGCCGCCUGGGCACGCAGGAGAGUGUUGGGCCCCUCCGCGGCCGUGUUUCCAUGGUCGACCCAGGGCUAAUCCGGCAGCAUAUCGAGGCCCACGAGACUCGGAACAACCGGCUCGUUCGGGCUAUGUCGUCGCUUCAGAGCGCAGACUUGCGGACGCGGGCACGGGAUGCGGUUCAGUCUGGCGUUUUCAACGCCAUGAUCUUGUUCCUGAUUGUCGUCAAUGCCAUCUUGCUGGGAGUGGAGAUACAAGUGAGCUCACACAUCGGCGAAGAUGACAUACCCUCUUGGUUCAUGGUGGUGAACACGGGCAUCGUGGGCAUCUUUGUGAUAGAGAUCAUUCUGAAACUCGUGGCCUUGGGCUGCCACGAGUUCUGGCGCGGCCCACAGGCAGGCUGGAACAUGUUCGACGUGAUCAUCGUCGCUUUUUCUGCCUUGGAGGUGGUCAUCGACCUCUUUGCGCAGACGCUGGCUGCGAGCAUGUGGGGUGCGGAUGCAUGGUCCUUCAUGCGAACGCUUCGACUGGCACGGGCGCUGCGAGGCUUGCGCUUCUUCCGGAUGAUCCGGUACUUCAGCGCACUGAGGGCAUUGAUCCUCUCCAUCGUCAGUACCAUGAGCUCCCUGCUCUGGACGUUGGUGCUCCUCUUCCUCCUCUUCUACAGUUUCUCCGUGAUCAUUAUGCAGAUGGUCUCCGACUAUUGCCGGUAUCUUGCGGUGAUAAGGAGCAGCGACAAGAAUGCCGUGCCUGAGUGUCCGGAAUCCCUGCGCUUGCACUGGCCCGGCGUCGCCGAGUCCAUGCUUACCCUACUCUUCGCCAUCACGGACGGCAUCUCGUGGGAGCAAGCGCUGAAUCCGCUGCGCGAGGUCUCCUUGCUAGCCGUCGCCGUCCUGAUCUUUUACAUCAUCAUCAGCUUUUUUACGAUCUUGAAUGUCGUCACUGGUGUUUUUGUGAAUACCGCCAUCGAGAGAGCCAGCUAUGACAGGGACAUUGCGUCUUUAAAG